AUGACGGAGGCGUUAAUAGCUGCAUGGAAUACCACUUCGCCGGUUAUCGUCUCGAACCUGCUGCAGGAUACCUAUUUGUUCAAGUUUGAACACCAGUUGGACGUCUACAAUGUGCUUCAGGAAGCACCGUGGUCAGUUGCGGGGAAUCUUAUCGUUCUGGAGCGCUGGAGGGCAACUAUGGAUUGGACUUUCUCCUCUACUGAGAUGUGGCUGCAACUUCACGACAUACCAGAGGAGCUACAUGAUCCUGAUCUCAUUACAAGGCUGGCACAUAAGCUCGGAGAAGUGUCAAGAGUACAGUAUAUUAAUGGAGUUCGCGGUGGACAGAGGCUGAAGUUCUAUAGGGUCCACACUAGAGUUGAUGUCACUAAGCCUCUCAGGCGAUCUCUGAAAAUUAAAAGAAGAAGUGGAGUGGACCAAGCUGCAGAGAUCAAGUACGAGAGAUUACCGCUGUUCUGUUACUACUGCGGAUAUUUGGGACACGAUGAACAAAGGUGCAGGGUUCUGUUUGAAGACGAAACGAGUCAUCGCGCAUCUCAUCACUGUGAUCCAGUUGUUCCUUGUUCGGAGUUCUUGCGCCGGCGAUUUAUGCCAUAUCUACGGUGCCCCGCUCCAGGUGCUCGCCUGGUAGAGCAUGCCAUGACUAUCUUCCCAAAGGCCUCACCCCCUCAGACGACUCCCCGGCAAAGCUAG